UGUGCCCACGUCACCGCAGACGACCGUGGUGCAUUCUGCACGGCCAGCGUAUCGUGCUCAUUUCUACAUUUUGUAUCAUUACGUUUCAUUCGUAAGCCUUGAUACCGUUGGUGAAGUGAAGUAAAUGCUUCCAGCCGGCACGUGGAUUGACGCCGGUACAAGACAGUCUCGUUUGCAGCGCUAAGGAGCCCACGUACACACGCUAUUCGGCUCUUUUCGGUUACGUUCGCUUGAGCUAUCGCGUACACCGAUCGUGUCGGCUAUCGUUCUCGUUCACUCACAACGUAUAGUUCCAUCACAUUACCAACUAGAAACCAACCAUCACGUCACUUCAGUGUCAGUGUAGUGUACAAAGUGUCGUGGGGCGAGCUGUCGCCGGAUGUGCCGGUUGUAAAGUCCUCUCGAAAAAUAAAGUCUGACAAGUGACCUUGAUUCUUAUUUAACUAAGUGACAAGAUAUUACUCCGUAAUAUUACGAAAAGAAACAUAACCUACAAAAUGUCAGACAGCGCACAGGACGUUCUACAGGAUGCGGUAGCCGGCGCCGCUGCUGCUGCUGCCGAUGCCGCUGAUGGAUCGCUUUUUAGCACCUUUGAUAUAAUUGUGCUCGUUAUCUUAUUGGGAGGCACUAUCUGGUGGCUAUACAACUCCAAAAAGGAAAACAAAAAAGAUGAAAUUCUGCUGAGCAAAUAUUCCAUCCAGGCUGCGGGAUCUAUUCAAGUUACAGAAAAUUCCUUCAUAAAUAAACUAAAAUCAUCUGGAAGAAGUUUAGUCGUAUUCUAUGGAUCUCAAACAGGUACUGGUGAGGAGUUCGCUGGACGUCUUGCCAAGGAGGGUAUACGAUACAAGAUGAAGGGUAUGGUUGCUGAUCCCGAAGAAUGUGAUAUGGAAGAACUUAUGAAACUCCAAGAAAUACCGAAUUCAUUAGCUGUGUUCUGUAUGGCAACAUAUGGUGAAGGAGAUCCCACAGACAACUCUAUGGAGUUUUAUGAAUGGAUAAAGAAUGGAGAACCCGACCUGACCGGUUUGAAUUAUGCUGUGUUUGGCCUUGGCAACAAAACAUAUGAACAUUACAAUGCAGUUGCCAUAUAUCUAGACAAACGUCUUGAAGAACUUGGCGCUACAAGAGUCUUUGAACUUGGUCUUGGGGAUGAUGACGCUAACAUUGAAGAUGACUUUAUAACAUGGAAAGAUAGGUUCUGGCCAGCAGUGUGUGAGAAAUUCAAUAUUGAGAGCACAGGUGAAGAAGAGUUGAUCCGUCAGUUCCGUCUUGUAACUCAUGGACCUGAUGAUGUACAGCCUAACAACAUAUUUACUGGAGAAAUUGCCAGGUUACACUCAUUACAAGUCCAGAGGCCACCUUACGAUGCCAAGAAUCCAUUCCUUGCUCAAAUCACAGUUAAUAGGGAAUUACAUAAGGGUGGAGAUAGGUCAUGUAUCCAUGUUGAAUUGGAUAUUUCAGAUUCCAAAAUGCGAUAUGAAGCUGGUGAUCAUGUGGCUGUUUACCCAAUAAAUGACUCUAAUCUUGUGGAGCGUCUAGGACAAUUAACUGGGACUAACCUUGAUGAGAUCUUCUCCCUCAUCAACACUGACCAGGAGAGCAGCAAAAAGCAUCCUUUCCCUUGCCCAACGUCAUACCGCACUGCACUAUCACACUAUGUUGAGAUUACUGCAUUGCCCCGUACUCACAUAUUAAGAGAGUUGGUUGAAUACUGUACAGAUGAAGAAGACAAGAAGAAAUUGAUGCUUAUGGCAACUAAUUCUCAAGAGGGCAAAGCCAUGUACCAAUCAUUUGUUGUGGAGGCUUGCAGAAAUAUUGUGCACAUCCUGGAAGAUGUACCUUCAUGUAAACCUCCACUGGACCACUUGUGUGAACUGUUACCUCGCUUACAACCAAGAUACUACUCCAUCUCAUCCAGUCCUAAGAUGUAUCCAGAGACUGUGCAUAUUACUGCAGUAGUUGUUCAGUAUAAAACACCUACCGGUCGCGUCAACAAAGGUGUUACGACCACAUGGUUAGCAGAUAACAAACCAGAACCCGGCAAGCCUCUUCCUCGUGUACCCGUAUUUAUCAGAAAAUCACAAUUCCGAUUACCGCUGCAGAGCCAAACCCCCAUAAUUAUGGUCGGUCCUGGUACAGGAUUAGCUCCUUUCCGUGGAUUCUUGCAAGAGCGUGCUUUCGCGCGUGCGAAUGGCAAGGAGGUGGGAGACAAUGUUCUGUACUUUGGAUGCAGACAUCGCGACCAGGAUUACAUUUAUCAAGAGGAACUUGAGAAAUACGAGCAAAAUGGUGAUGUCAAAUUGAACCUAGCAUUCUCUCGUGAUCAAAAAGAGAAAGUGUAUGUAACACAUUUACUAGAAAAAGAUAUGGAUCUCUUAUGGGAUGUCAUCGGUAAUCGUAAUGGACAUUUCUACAUCUGCGGGGAUGCUAAGAAUAUGGCUGUCGACGUCAGGAAUAUUGUCCUCAAGACUAUCCAACUAAAAGGUGGACGCACGGAAGCUGAAGCUGCACAAUUUAUCAAGAAGCUGGAGUCUAUGAAGAAAUAUUCUGCUGACGUAUGGAGUUAAGUUUUCACACACUAAUCAUAGGCGAAUUUGUGAACCUGUAGACAAUUUUUCAGUUUAAGUUAUGGUGAUUAUAUUAUGUAAUUAAUUAAUAUUUGUAUAAAUGGUCCAGCACAAUUAAUUACUAAUUACCAUACUGUAAAAACGGCAGCACAAGAUAACAUGAAAACCAAUGAUAAACUUUUAUAUUGGCAGUUUGCUAUGGUCUGUGCAAAUAAUUGAAUUAUAAACAUUAUUUUCACAAUGUACCGUUCCGUAUAUUUAAGUCAAUAUUUUUACUGACUUUGAAAUUUCUUUAAAUUGACGAAAAAUUUAUUUUCUGACGUCGUAAAGGUGAAAUUAAGGUCAUCGAAGUUUUAUUAUAAAAUCAAUAAAUAGUACAAAUGUCUAUGUCGAUGUAUAUCAUUUGACAUUCACAUAGUUCAUUUACUUUAAGACAAUAUUUAAUGCUACUUUUAUAUAUAUAUUCUUUGUUGAAAGAACAAAAUAAGUUAUUGUACACUUUCAUAACUAAUAAAUAAGGAAACUUCUCCAUAUUGUGAAUAUCGUUACAAAUAUUUAUGCAAAAAUAUAAAAUAAUUAUGACAGAAUUAUAAAAAUACCAUACAAGUUAAUUAUAUACCCAUAAUAUUUGUUAUUGAACUUGUUUCUUGCAAUAUCAUUGUUAAAACAUGAAUUAAAAAUAUUAAUUUCCUUGGAGUAAAACUCCUUCAGUUCUUCACUAACGAUAUCAUUUUUUGUUAUUUGCGUUUCUAUUUCGUUAUAGUUUAUGUGCGGAAUACAUAAAUGUACAUAAAGCUUAUUGUGAUGUGUCGUAUUUCGACUAAGCUAAUGAAGAGUCUGAAUUAACUUGUUAAAACUGUGUAAGCAGCAUGUAAAUUUUAAUCAGCACGAAGAAUUACAGUAUGUCGACCUACGCAUGUUAAUAUUUAUUUUAUAGGUAUAAUGUUUAUGAAUUUUUUAACAGCUUGCACCUUUAACUAGUGUAAGUGAAUACAUUUUUCACAAUUUCGAUCCAUAUUAAAAUUCCGAUUAACCAAUUAGGUACAAAGUUAAAUCUUAAUGACUGAAAUAGUGAAGAAUAUGUAGUUGGUGUAAUAUUAAAGCCAGUGAACAAAUCCAAACUAAUUAUAAGGCAAUUUUUGAAGUCUUCAAAUAAGUAUUGCGUGACAAAUUAUAUUUAUUUCUGCAAAUGGGUUACAAGGUUUUUUAAGUCAAAUCUCUAAAUUACUAGACGAGGCCGUGAUUUCAAAUGUUUAAAUUCUUAAGUAAGGCAUGUGACUACACUUUUAGUUAUUGAUGUUUCUGAGGAUGGCUUAACUAUGAUUUCAUGUGUAUUCGGUACAUUCACUAUAAUCGAAUUCUAUAUAGAUAAUACCGGGCGUAAUUUUGUAACCCCUAAAAUAAAGUGAUGAUCGUUAGUGUUGCAAUUAUUGUAGACAUGUGGAUGAAAUCCUUACUAACAAAAACAGGUUUAAUGUAUAUAGAAUGUAGUCAGCGUCUUAUGAGAACAAUUUAAUAAACAAUAGGUAUUAUAGGAAAUACAGUCACAAAAAGGAUGCAAACUAGACAAUUUUCCUUAAACUGUUAAAAUAAAUAUAUUUUGAUUAUUUAUUCUAUUACAGACGAAUUUAUUGUCACUAAUGGAAGUAGGCUAGGCUAUUGCAAAAUAGAAUUCCAAGACAUUGUAUUUAAUAAAAAUCAUAUGUGUAUUGUAUAUUUAAUAUUUUAUCAGUUGUGUAAUUUUCAAAUGUUGAAUUGUUGAAGUUUUAUAUAUUGUGGAAUGGGCAAUUAGAUGUAAGUAAAUUAAAUAGUUUUAUAUUACACAUUGUCUUGUAAUAAAUACAAUUUUAUAAGA